AUGGCUUCAAAGGCUCGAAAAUAUGACCUGGUUCUUCUUGGAGCCACAGGUUAUACUGGGCAGCUCGUCGCAGAGUACAUCCAACAAAAUGUUGCGACAGACCUGCACUGGGCCAUUGCAGGACGAAAUGGCUCGAAACUAUCUCAGCUAGCCACAGAAUUGAAAGGCCUCAACCCGAACAGAAUCCAACCAGGUAUUGAGGUCGUUGAGUUGAAUAGCCAAGAUCUGCAACAACUGGCGAAGAAGACACAGGUGCUCAUUUCUACUGUUGGCCCUUUCGCUAGGUAUGGCGAGCCGGUUGUUGAGGCUUGUGUGAAGAGCAAGACCCACUACUUCGAUAUAGCCGGAGAGACCCCUUUUACAUACGACAUGCUGCACAAAUACAACGAUUUGGCGAAAAAGAACGGCGUCGUGCUCGCGCCUCAUUCGGGAGUGGACUCGGUUCCUGCCGAUAUUUUGACCUUUCUAUGCGUGCAGAAAAUUCGACAAACCUAUGAUGUAGGUGUAAAGGAGAGUGUCAAUAUUCUACACGAGAUGGGUGGCGGCCCCAGUGGAGGUAGUAUAGCUACCAUAUUCGGGUUGAUGGACGCAUAUUCGCCAGGAUUCACCGCCAAAGCCUUGAAGCCGCACGCCCUCAGCCCAAUCCCGCCGCCAAAGGGCGCUAGACGAGACUCCUUCCUCGACUGGAUCCUCGGCUCUCGCAACGUCCAGCCUUUUGGUGUCGUGACGCAUUUCCCGCAAGCAGAGUGUGAUAUUGGAAUCGUCCAUCGGUCGUGGGGUCUCUACGAUCAGGGCAAAUACUACGGAGACAGGUUUUCUUUUGGCGAGUAUCAGCAUGUCGGGAGCCGGCUGAAGGCGUUCUUCAUGUCCUAUAUUGUGGGCUUCAUACGAACGACGCUAACUUACAUUGCGCUGCUUCGAUGGCUCCUGAAGAGGGUAGUUCCAUUUCCCCCUUCUGGGAGCGGACCGCCAAAGGCCGAGUUUCAAAACUAUCGAGUAAUAUUCAAGACAGUCGCAACAGCUGAUUGUGUGCCUGAACACAAAGUUUUGGCAACAUUGAAAUACAAGGGUUCGCCAUACUAUCUGACUGGUGUGUUUGUAGUUCAAGCGGCUCUCACGCUUUUGCAAGGCGGCGAUACUCUAGGAAAACGCCUGAAAGGAAUGGUCACACCAGCAACAUGGGGGAUGGAAUUGGUCAAUAGAAUCGAACAACAAGCUGGGGUCGAGCUCGAUGUCAGCCUUCUCGACUGA